AGCGGCUUCAAUGUGCGCUAAGCGCCAUGGAGCACUUUUACAGUGAUACAUGAACCUAUUAUAUUGUCCACCAACCUCUCAAUCCCAUCAUACGAACCCUAGCUUAGUGGAGACAUAACAAAUAUUGAUGUCACCUGCUGAGGCGCCAGUAAGAACGACGAAGAGAAAGAGAGAAUAUCAAACUGGCGAGACGAACAUCGGGACCAAGUUAGAGAAGAAACUGUAUCAUGACGCACGGGAGGUCAGGAAGGCCGCGAAGAAAGCAAAAACUUUUGAGAUGCAGAAGAUCUUGAAGAAAAUGAAAGAUGCAAGGCGCAAAGGCGACGAUAACGUAGUCAAAGAUAUCGAAGCACAGCAUAUGGCUCUCAAGCAACUCGACUCCGGGCCUAUCGCCGACUCAGCUCUGUCAACGAAAAUCAAGAAAGACAAAUUCCUUUCACAGGAUCCCAGCCUGCAAUCUGCGAUGUCCAAGUCAUUGUCUUCCAGCAUAAUCACAUCCACUGUACCUGGAUCCGCAGCAGGCAUAGUCCAAAGCAGGUUACUUAGUUCCAAGAUCCUAGCGGUUGAUGUUUCUCGUAUAAUCGAGGGACUCCGGCGCUUACUGCACCCUACGGAGCGGGUCUACCACGCAGACGUCGAUGGCGCCGAAGUAUCACCGCCUCGAAAGAAAAAACAGAAGACACAACAGAAUGAGGGUUUGCCUAAGGUCUCUCCGGUGGAUUCUCCUUCUGAAGAUGAACCAAGAGCAAAUCUUGAAGAUGAUGGCUGGGAGUCAGGCACAGUUAGCGACGGCGAUCAUUUUGUCCAGGGAGAUUCGGGGGUUGAUGAAGGGCCCGACGAGGAAUACAACUCCACCUCCGAUAAUGGCGAUGACCUCCCUGUCCCUCACGAACGAGCAAAUCGAGGGAAAUCAAAGGCAACACAAUCUACUUUUCUACCUUCCCUUUCGGUGGGUUUUAUUCGGGGAGAUUCGGACACCGAUUUUAGCGACAGUGAGGAGAAAGCAAUUGACACAGCCAAGAAGAAUAGACGUGGUCAGCGGGCACGCAGGGCAAUAUGGGAGAAGAAAUUUGGAAGACAUGCCAAUCAUGUGAUGAAGCAGAAAACUUCUAACCGUCCCGAUGCCCCUUCCGGUAUUGUGGUUGUGCGCAAAGAUCAGCGACAGCACAAGAAUAGUAAUCGCGAUUCCGAUGGCGCGCCGUUCUCCGGUCACAAGCAGAAUACUCGAAUACCGGACAAGAACAGAUACAACGCAUCCGCAUCCCUCAUGGCAGGUAACCGUAAGGAAGAGAAACCGCUUCAUCCAUCCUGGGAGGCCAAGAAGAAACAACAAAAUGUCGCAAUUGUGCCUGCACAGGGUACAAGAAUUGUCUUCACUUAGUCUUAAACGUCAUCCGAACACGAAAACACGACAUCAUACGAAUCCAAUAUAUACAUAAUCCAAUUCAGUUGGCAUUGCGCAUGUAUCAAAGAAUAUUGGAGUAUGACACGUGCGUAAGAC